UUUCAAACUGCCGUCUGUAGAUAAACUUCAGGAUGUUCACGGUAUGGAGUUUGAUCAUUGUCAAUUCGAUGGUAUUUUUAACUUGCUUUUUAUCGUCGUCCACGGAAGCAACAAUUAACUAUUUGACGGAGAACAGACCGAGGGAUAUUAAAUUUCUUUUCACUCAUUUUACACCAUUUGAAGAUAUGAACCACCCGCAAUCACGAUCACAACGCAUGGGGUUGCAGACGCGAAAACCAUUUUCGGACCGAAGUAAAACGCCCGUAUGGUUGAACACUGUAGCUGACCUUACAAUCAUUAUCAAGGCUUAUAUUGAAGCGGGUAUAGCAAUACAUGAAGCUGGAAAUAUCACUGAUGUAAACGUGGAAUUGUCAGAGCUGAUGCGCAAAGUUGUGACGUUCCCAACCGAUGAUAAAAGUUACUUUUUGUCUCAUCUGCUCAACCCAUACAGCAGGUUCAGGAACCCUGUAUACAAAGAUUUUUAUGAUGAUUUCCGAGAGGAAAGGAUACAGAAUGAACCACUUAAUGAAAUCAAAGAACCUCUGUUUAUGUAUGGUAUGCGAGCGUGGAAAGCGUUUUACCUGCUGGCGUUCAGCAGUAAUCCAUCAUUGUUUGCUAAAGCUGACUCCAGUCAAUAUAUUGUUCAAGACUACCAACCACCGAGUACCAUUCAUGAUGAAUGGAGCCUUGUUUUCAUAGACGAGUAUUGCCGUAUUGUCAGGACAAACUAUUCCGAUCAUAUUGGAAUACCUAAUGGAUUCUGUCCUGACCCUUGUAUGACACAGCCCUGUAUGGGCCUUCCGCACACCUCAUCCGCAAAGUGCAUCCCCACCGGAACGCUUUGGUACGAGUAUAAGUGCAGUUGUCAACCCAAUUAUAAAUGGACACAGCCGCCCAAAACUAGUGGUAGCAGUUUAGAAGAUGACGUUAGUUUCAAAGAACUGAGGUGGCUAAAGUCUGAUGGCCUGCCUACCAGUUCAACAGGAUGGGAAACCUACUGCAAUUGUCCAGAUGAGGCCUACGGUGAUCAAUGUGAACUGAUUAGAGGGAAAUGGGCUCAGUGGUCUCCAUGGUCUGAAUGUAGCCCAAGCUGUGGUGUUUCCGAAUAUCAGCGCCGUGUGAGAACACGUGAUUGCCUGGGAGAGGCUUGCCGAGGUGGUGAGGGUCACCUACAGAUGGAAAUGUGCCCCACAAUGCCCUGUCCGGAUGAAACACUUGCUUUGGCCAGACAAGGACGUUGGGAGGAUCCAGGUGAACUGAAAAUACAGAUGCUUCAAGCCCAAGCAGCUCGAUGUGUGAAACUAGUGGGCGCAAUCGCAGAAGCAUUAAUUUUGAUUUCAUGUGUCUUUUCCGGCCUCACUGCCACUGCAAUGGUUUUCUCGGUGUACUUCAUGUAAUUGACAAGUACAAAUUUGAACACUGUUUUAACCGUCAUAGUUCCAG